UUAAAGUUAGAGAGAAAAAAAAUGAACAAGAAGAACAAGCGAAAAAGAGAGGGUUAAGGCAGAAGAAGAAGAAGACGGAGACGCUGGACCCUGCGUCCCGCGUUUCAUCCUUCACUCUCUCCAAAACCCUCUUUCUCCUUUUCAUAUUCAUUCACUCCUUUCGUUCCAAUUCAUUCUCCCUUUUUCAAAAGGUGUAACGCAUUGGAGAUAUGGGGAACAGUUGCGUGACUCCGGUGAGGAUCAGACGGGAGAGGAGGCAGAGGAAGCGGGAGGAAGCGGCGGCCAAGAAGCUCGUCGUGCUCAAGGACCCCACGGGCCGGGACAUUGGGCUGCGCUAUGAAUUGGGCCGAGAGCUGGGCCGAGGGGAGUUCGGCGUGACGUACCUGUGCCGUGACAAGGAGACGAAGGAGGAGUGGGCGUGCAAAUCGAUAUCCAAGAAGAAACUGCGAACCGCCAUUGAUAUCGAGGAUGUGCGGAGGGAGGUGGAGAUCAUGCGACACUUGCCCAAACACCCCAACAUCGUCUCGCUCAAGGACACAUUCGAAGACGACAGUGCUGUUCACCUCGUCAUGGAGCUCUGCGAGGGCGGCGAGCUCUUCGACCGCAUUGUCGCACGCGGCCACUACACCGAGCGCGCCGCCGCAACCGUCGUCAAAACCAUCGUGGAAGUCGUCCAGAUGUGCCACAAACAUGGUGUGAUGCAUAGAGAUCUCAAACCUGAGAACUUUUUGUUUGGAAACAAGAAGGAGUCAGCACCUCUGAAAGCAAUUGACUUUGGAUUGUCGGUUAUCUUCAAACCAGGUGAAAAGUUUAAUGAGAUAGUUGGAAGUCCAUAUUACAUGGCUCCUGAAGUAUUAAAGCGUAAUUAUGGCCCUGAAGUAGAUAUUUGGAGUGCUGGAGUAAUUCUUUACAUCUUACUCUGUGGUGUCCCACCUUUUUGGGCAGAAACUGAACAGGGCGUUGCUCAAGCAAUUAUUCGGUCUGUUGUUGAUUUUAGAAGGGAACCAUGGCCCAAGGUUUCUGAUAAUGCAAAAGACCUUGUGAAGAAGAUGCUUGAUCCUGACCCAAAGCGCCGGCUUACUGCACAAGAAGUGUUAGAUCAUCCAUGGUUACAGAAUGCAAAGAAAGCUCCUAAUGUUUCAUUGGGAGAAACUGUCAGAUCAAAGCUCAUGCAAUUUUCUGUAAUGAACAAGCUUAAGAAAAGAGCUUUGAGGGUGAUUGCAGAACAUUUGUCUUCAGAAGAAGCUGCUGGAAUAAAAGAGGGAUUCGACCUGAUGGAUACAGGUAAUAAUGGAAAAAUUAACAUUGAUGAGCUGCGAGAAGGGUUGCAGAAACUAGGUCACCAAAUUCCUGACGGAGAUGUACAUAUACUCAUGGAAGUUGGUGAUUCAGACAAAGAUGGGUAUCUAGAUUAUGGAGAGUUUGUUGCCAUAUCUAUUCAUCUGAGAAAGAUAGACCAUGAUGAGCACAUUCACAAAGCCUUCCAAUUUUUUGACAAUAAUGAAAGUGGAUAUAUUGAAAUUGAAGAGUUACAUAAUGCCUUAGCUGAUGAGGUUGAAACAAACAUCGACGAAGUCAUCAAUGCAAUUAUGCAUGAUGUUGACACAGAUAAGGAUGGAAAAAUAAGCUAUGAGGAAUUUGCUACAAUGAUGAAGGCUGGCACAGAUUGGAGAAAAGCAUCAAGGCAGUAUUCAAGAGAGAGGUUUUCUAGCCUAAGUCAGAAGUUGAUCAAGGACGGAUCUUUGCAGUUAAACAAUGGCGGUAGCGGACUUUAGAAAUCACAACUUGUUUUACUCGAACAAAGCCAAAGGAAAACCCAUCCUUUUACUGUUUUCCCUUCAUCCUUAUUAUUUUCUCAAUUUUUUUCUUAUAACCAUUGCCCUUAGCUUACUGCUUAAGCAAUCAAAGGUCAAAACUUUUAUUGAAAAGUGUAACACUAUACUCUUUUGUAAUUUCAAUGUCUUUCUAAUAUUACAGAUUUUCUAUUUACAGAUUCA